CACCCGCAAAUGAAUGCCACGAAGAAGCAGUGGACUGAACUCAUUGAUGGGAGAUGGACCAAUGAAGAUUGGCUGGAACAUAUUCUCAAAGUGCAAGUAGAUUAUUGUCAAGAUCCUAAUGCAAUUCCCCUUACACAAGAGAUCUCAAACUUGGUUUUUAAGAAGAAGUUUGGUAUUGUAAAAGGACUUGGCAUGAGACCUUCCUCUUCUCUAGUAACCACCGCCUCAUCUAAUUCCUCGGUGGAGUAUAUCCAACGGUUAGAAAAUGAGAUAAUUGAGCUCAAAGAGGCAAGAGUUAGGGACCAAGAGGAGCGAGCUAAGGACCAAGAGGCACGAGCCAAGCAAGAAGAGGUCCAAAAGAAUAUUCUUAACUUUUUGAGGAGCAAGGGUUAUGAUGAUGUUCUUACCUAUGGGGGUGGUUCAACUUCAAGUUAAAACACUUUUUGAUUUCUUAUUGGUGGCUUUUAG